AAGCAAAAGAUUCAAGACAAGGAAGGUAUUCCUCCGGACCAACAACGUCUCAUCUUCGCUGGUAAGCAGCUUGAGGACGGACGCACUCUCUCUGAUUAUAACAUUCAGAAGGAGUCCACUCUCCACCUUGUCCUUCGUCUACGUGGCGGCAACUAA